AAAAUUUCCUAAGGUAAAAAUUCAGUGGGGUGAAAACGUGGUGUUUUUAUUGUGAAAAUUGCAUUUUCCGUGGAAAAAAAGCUUUUAAAAAAUGCGAAUAACAAGUCAAAUGCUGAAGAAGGUUCAUCAGCUUUCUAUUAAGUAUUCCAAUUUCCCGGAAUCUUAUGUUAAGAGGGCAAUGGAACAGGUUUACUGGAGGACUCCAAAUGAGCCCAAUUACCAGCAGAAGGUGAUUGAGAGACGAAAGUUCAGAUUCACCAUGAACCGGCCGUGGACGGGUCAGUUUAGGCAGCAGAAUAUGCCUCGAUCCCACCGGAAGAAGGUUUUCGUGGAACCAAUUGCCGAAUGGUCAUUUUUCCGGGGAGAUCGAGUGGAAGUGCUCGUGGGGAGAGACAAAGGCAAGCAUGGGAUAGUUAAGCAGCUGAUUCCAGAGAGAAAUUGGGUAGUUGUUGAAGGAUUGAACUGCCAUUUGAGAAAAGUCGGCGGAGAUGGAGAAUAUCCGGGAAUUUAUAUCAAGUCAGAAGCUCCCCUUCUGGUGACAAAUCAGGUCAAAUUGGUAGAUCCAUCGGACCUACAGGCCACGGAGAUUGAAUGGAGGUACACAGAAGAGGGUGAUAAGGUGCGAGUAUCCACGAGAACUGGCAGAAUUGUCCCGAUUCCCAAAGAACAGGAAGAAACUCACGAUUACAAGAGCAAAGGCACCUAUAUAGAGAAGGCCAAGGACACUCCGGCCAAGGUGGUGGAAGAAAUCACCUUCAAGCCUUCCCUGCAGACCUUUGAGAUGGAAAUCAUGAAGGAGAUGGGCAUCCAGGAGGAUAGAAUUCCCAAGAAAUCCUAUUGGUACUAAAAAAAAAAGAAUCCCAACAACCAAAUUUUCCGACACAUGCAGAAUCAUCCGUGGACACUUCAGAAGAUUCUCUCGCGGAAUUUAUUUUGUUUAUAGGGUGUUUAGUCAAAGUAUUUCUCAGAGAGCAAUAAAAAUUUAAAUUGCA